UUAUACAAUGUCGUCCAGUGCAGCCGUCGGUUCCGUAACAGUCUGUGUGUAGCUCGUAGUGUAAAUGCAGCUGCAGAGAUUGUACAUGUGAUGGCGCUGUGUGAGUAGAGUAAGCGCGGGCUGUCUGGUCGCCAUGUCUACAGCGGGCCGGAUAGCGAAGGCCUCCUUGGUAGUGCUGGGCUGGACGGGACUGGGGUGUGUGCUCUGGGCCGUUAUGGCACCGGGAAAGGAGCAGAUACUGGAGAUGCGGAGGCAAGAAGCCAAACUACAUCCCGCUAAAAUGGCUGAGAUACACCUACAAAAUGAGCGGAUC